AUGUCCACCUCUCUCUUCCGCGCUACUCCGGUCGCCCGCAGCGCUCUGCGCGCCGCCAGCGCCGUCAAGCCCGCCGCUGCUACCUUUGUCCGCGGCAAGGCCACUCUUCCUGACCUUCAGUACGACUACGGCGCCCUCGAGCCCUACAUCUCCGCCAAGAUCAUGGAGCUCCACCACUCCAAGCACCACCAGACCUACGUCAACGGCCUCAACUCGGCCCUGACCACCAUCGCCGAAGCCGAGUCCAAGGGCGACUUCACCAAGGCCGCGUCCGUCGCACCCGCCCUCAACUUCCACGGCGGCGGCCACCUCAACCACACCCUUUUCUGGGAGAACCUGGCCCCGGCCUCGCGCGAGGGUGGUGGCAACCCGGACGGCGCGCUCGGCAAGGCCAUCACGACCGAGUUCGGCUCGUUCGAGAGCUUCGUCAAGCAGAUGAACGCCGCGCUGGCGGGUAUCCAGGGCUCCGGCUGGGCGUGGCUGGCCAAGGACAAGGCUGCGAACGGCAAGCUGGCGCUCAUCACCCGCGCCAACCAGGACCCUGUCACGGGCAACUUUGUGCCGCUUUUGGGCAUCGAUGCGUGGGAGCAUGCGUAUUACCUGCAGUACGAGAACAGGAAGGCCGAGUACUUUGAGGCCAUCUGGAACGUGAUCAACUGGAAGACUGUUGCCAAGAGGUUUGAGGCCUAA